AUGUUUAAGACCAGCUACCGGCACGAAGUGCGCAAGGAAAAGUAUGAAAGCUCAAAUGUGUUUGAGGAGCUGAGUGACCCUGAACCUGAAGCCCCAUUCUAUCGUUCCACCAUGGUGCCAGGCUGGGAGAGCCUGCAGGAGCUGAACAGUCGGUUUGCACGCUACAUUAACAGGGCACGGGUGCUGGAGCAGCGCAAUGCUGUGUUUCGUAAGCAACUGGAGACUCUUCAGCACAUGGAGGAGACGGCUGGGCAUGAGGAAGUUUUCAGUGAGCAGAUCACCACGAACCAGCACCGUAUCAGAGAACUCCUGGCUGAACGCCUCAAGCUAGAGCAAGAACUCAAGGACGCAGAGGGCAUGCUGGAGGAUUUCAGUGUCAGGUACAGAAAUGAAUGUGAAUAUCAGGAACAACUACGAGGAAAACUAGAGCAGCUCAAUAAGGAGGCAGACACAGCGCUUCUGAGAAACUUGGAACACCAGAUCGAGUCUCAGUUUCUACAGGAUGACAUAAACUCUACAAGAGACAGACAUAAGAAGAACCUGGCUGAGAUACAGACAUAUGUAAACAUCCUCCACCAAAUCAACCAGACAGUUUUGAUGCCCAACAUGUUUGUGGAAAUAUCAGAGGAGCAGGAGAGGAUGAUAUCUCAGAGGAGGGUUCCUGCUUUACAAUCUCAGUUAGAGGAGUAUAAAAGUGCUCUCUGCCAGCUGCAGGCACAAAAACACAAGCUGCAGACAGAGACUUCAGCAUUAGAGCAAAACAUCAAGAACACACAGGAAUGCUAUGAUGAUGAGAUCCAGCGGUAUAAUGAUCAGAUUGAGUCCCAGAGGAAGAGUAUUGAGGAGGCUGAGCGCUUGCUGGAGAAAUACAUCAAUGAUUGCAGGCAGCUGGCCAUAUACCAGACCUCACUGGAGAAUGAGCUGGAGAGGAACAAGAGAAUCAUUGAGAAUGAAGACAACAGACUGAAUUCAGCUAUAAUUGGAAGCCCUGUUAGUCUGUUCACCUCCCAACACAGAUCACACAUUUGCAGUCCCACUGUGACCAGCCGAGGGAAAGAUAUCACCCAAGCCAUCCAGGACAUCACAAACGUCAAGCCCCGCCAAAAAAACCUGGCCAAGAAGGCAAACAAAAAGGAGGAACUUUUUCCCAGAGAUAUACUGGACAGUAUUCGGGGGAAAAAAGAAGCAGAUGAGCAUCGUGAAGAUGAAAAAAGAGAGGUAAAAGAUAAAGAGGAAGUUAACAUGGAAUCCAAAGCUUCACAAUGCAAGCCUGCUCCUCAGACUGACGUACCUGAUGGGGCACAGAUCAGCAAAGCCUUUGAUACACUCUGCAACCUGGUGCGCAACCGCUUGCGCAGGUACAGGAAGCCUGAACCUAUUGCUGAUUUUUUCACCAAAGGUAGCUAUGUCCUAGUGACAGGUGAAUCUAGCUACCUGGACCCCUGCUUCUGCACAACAACACCCUCUGCCGGCCACAUCUUUGUCACCAUAUGCGACAAAAAUGGUCGACCUCAUAAUGGCAAAACUCCUUCCCCUCCCCCUAGUCCUUCAGAUGACAGCCAGAGAGAAAAGGAAGAUGAUGAGGUGGCUGGGAAGAGCAAUGGUGAUAACAUGAAAGGAGGAAAGCACAAAAGAAAUGGAGAUGCAGGAAGACACAGUCCAGGUCCAAAGUCUGGCCAAAACAAUGUCAAGGACAAGACCAAAGAUGAUAAAAAUUGGCAGUCCACGUCAAGCUCUGACAUUCCCCCAAAUUCCAUGAGGUAUGAGAAGCUGGAGGUGGUGGAGUCAGUAGAGAAGCUGUCAUCUGACAACAAAUUAAAGGGCUUUGAGGAAACAUCUGUGGUGGUGGAGACCAUGAUUGAGAAAACCAGCAAAAAGAAGUAA